AUGCAGCUCGAGGGGGCGCACCCAGGCUGUUUUCUGUCCGUUUCACAGGUUCUCUGUGCUCAGACAGAGACAGCGCGAAAUUCAGCCGUAGGUCUCAGCGUCACCCUCCCACCGCUUUGCGCGUGGGGCGCAUGCGCAGACACCGGCGGCGCCGACGAGUCCUGUGACACCCGGCACGGCAGUUAUCAUGGCCGCAUCGGUGCUGGCAGCUCGAGCCGCUACGGCGAUGUCUGGGCCCCCAUCGAGUCAUACCUGACGCACCUCAGCGGCGACAUCACUGACACUAACGAUAGGGGAAAAUCCGGCAUGGCACCCCCCGAUCUGUCUCCACCUCUGUGUCUUGUUCUGCGCCUCUUUCCAGACUUGACAAUAGCGCAGCUCCCAAUUCUACACCGGGGUAACAGGAAGGGUAGUCGUGCACCUCUCCGUGCGCGUGGCAGCUUCAUUGCGCCGCAUGAGUACCCGCUCGAAGCCAUAUUGGGAACAGAGGAGUUGUGGGGCAGUGGUGCAGACCCUCGGCGGGUGUUUCGCAGCGCUAUUGACUGUCUGCAGGAGCUGGGCCGACGACUUCUCCCGCAACUUCCACUCGUGCUACAGCUGCCAACGCGAUUACUUGUGUCACAGCAGUUUCUGCAUGACCUUGCGACGCUGCUUAUCUGCGACGGUUGGCGCAGUGUAUCCUUUGAGUUGCCCUCUACGCACCAGCUCUACUCCUGUAACGCAGAAGGAAGUAGCAGUGGCGUGCCUGCCGCCUCUGCCGCGGAGGCGGCAGACGUUGGGGCCACAGACACCGCGUGGUGCCGGCUACCUCUGCUUUGCACGCCAUGGGCGACUCUGUGCCGUCACCCUGGACUGGGGCGGACGCUGCGGCAGCUGCGCCGUCACGACGUGGUCCCCUUUCACGUGCUCUACUCAUGGGCAGUAGCGGAGAUGCAGCUCUUCAACAGGUUGGAGCUGUCCAUCGUCGUGGACACGACUGCGCCGAUGCCAGGAGAGGAAGCUCUGCACGCGUACCUGCAGAGCCCCAGUAGCGUGGGGCGAUCUGCUGAGGAGCUCCACCGCGCGCCGCAGCAGCUCCCACGCGAGUUUCGCAGCUCUACCGGUGUUACCCUUUCGUCGUCUCAGACUGACGAUGAUACCGACAGCACGCAUAGACAUGUGUACAUGAGUGAGAACCCAAUGACAGCACGCAGGUCUGAGGUGGAUCUCUUCAACGGUGUGAACGAUGCGGUGCGCCGGCGAGGUUGGAGUGGGGCGCGGCGUGAGGUCGACAGGGCCGAGCUCGAUAAUGCCGAGAAAGAGUGGCGACUGCAGAAGCGCCUGUGCACAACUUCGCCGUCCGAGAUGACAACGGCAGUGGCGCACACACCACUAGCGUCUUUAGACAACUCGGGUGGCCUGUCACUCACUCUGGACGCCCCGCCAGAUCACUUGCGCGCCCUCAUCGAGAAGUCGAUUGUUGAUAACGACGCAUCUUCACGGCCUCCCCUGUCACAGCGGCAGCGCCUCUUGCAGAAAGUGGGGCAGUUCAUGCAGCGCACAAUAGUGGAGCCUCCUGCCACUGCGUCCGACAGCUCUGCCGUCCCUUUAUCCAACCCAACUUGCGAGGAUCAUGAGAACGCAUCAUUGAAGCAGGAGGCCGAGGAACUGGAGCGGCUGCUGAGGGAAGCUAACGACGCCAGUGACGCGGCUGCAGCCAGUUCUGAAGCGGAGAUGAUGAUAGCGGAGAUGCAGUGGUACAUGCGUGCCUCCUCACAGGCGUCGUCAUGCAACAUGGAAAACGGCGCAGCGGAACGUGCAUCCUGCGAGCCGUUACCCGGUUAUCGAGAACAGAGCCGUAAGACGAACAACGCCCAGGACGCCAAUCCCGAGACCACGUCCAACGCGUGGUCGGCGUUUCCGGGGUACUGGUCGUGUAUGCACGCCCUUGUAGAGGAGGUCACGCAUGCAGCCUUGUUGUGGACCGCACCGACGUUCAACAAAGCGGCGGUGCACGCAUGGACGGCUGCCUAUCACGCGUCACAGCUCCCGAGUGCAGGUCAUGGUGAGGCACCUCUGUCCAGAGACGCACCGCUGCCACUGAUUAUCCCAAUCUACAUGCCCGUCCAGUCAGCGAUGCAUGCAGAGGUGGAGCGACUGUUGCGCGAGGGCCGCUGGUUUAAGCAGCCGCCGCUACUGCAGAGCAGGGAGGAGGCCAUAGCGCUACAUACAUGGCUACCUGCGUCACUAAACGUGGCCCUUGCUGAUGCCUUGUCCAGGAUGCCAAGUGACUAUCAAUCGCAUGAGCGACGCCGGUUGCUGCACGAUCACCAGCGACUUCGUAGGGAGGGGGCACGGGCUGCUCGUCGCGUUGGUAGUGUGAUCGAGCCUGCAGCGAUAUCACCGACCUCCUCUGCGCCCUCCGGUGACGAGGACGAGCUGUAUCCGGUGCGCAUCCGCAUUCACCAAGAAGCGCGUCCCUUGUACCUCCUGACGCCUGCGCAGGUCGAGAGACGCGAGUCACAGGUGUUUAAGGAGGCCGCCGCGGCAUGUGCGCCUUCGGGAGAAGGAGAGGCACAGCUCAGCACAUGCGUCUCUGAAGCAAACAGCGCCUUUGCGCAAGCCGUGGAGGAAUACUAUCGUGUUACCUCCCCGACGCGCAAUGCGGUUCUCGCGCACAGGAUGCCGUCCAUGCCCUUUCUGCAGGUGCCUACGCCGGGGUUGAGUAUAGACAAGCUCUAUCGCUCCUGGCGCUGUCUCUCCUCAUGGCAGUGA